AUGCCCUUCUUCCAACCCCCAAAGACCGGGAAGGCCAGACGCAAAAUCAAGGCCUACUAUCAGCCGACCCUCCGCUCCCUGGAGACACUCCUCGGAGAUUACCGGGAAUAUUGCGACACGAGAGCCGAGGGGGAGAACAUCGCAGCAACCGCGGAAACCCCUAUAACCAUGAAACGCCGCACGCAGAAAGGCCAGCAGAACUCGCCGGCGGAGCAGCGCGAUGUCGGGGAGAUGCUGUGA